GGACCCGACAAACCAAGCCACAAUGAGUGCCACGGAAGGUGCCCCGGUAUACUCGCCGUUCUUCGGCGUUAUGGGCGCCGCCUCUGCCAUCGUAUUUUCUGCUCUGGGAGCAGCAUAUGGCACAGCAAAGGCUGGUACAGGUAUCGCAGCGAUGUCUGUCAUGAGGCCAGAGUUAAUCAUGAAAUCCAUCAUUCCCGUUGUCAUGGCAGGUAUUAUUGCCAUUUAUGGUCUUGUGGUGGCUGUACUCAUCGCCGGCUCUCUUGGUAGAGCCCCUACGUACGACCUGUAUAAUGGUUUCACCCACUUGGGUGCCGGUUUAGCUGUAGGCUUCUCCGGUCUAGCAGCCGGAUUUGCUAUCGGCAUCGUGGGCGAUGCUGGGGUGAGAGGCACCGCUCAGCAACCUCGUCUCUUCGUCGGCAUGAUCUUGAUUCUGAUCUUCGCCGAAGUAUUGGGUCUCUACGGCCUGAUUGUCGCCAUUUACCUGUACACCAAGUAAACGGUCAGUAGCGGCAUCCUAC